GCAGGCCGGGACGUUGCGAAAGCGGCUCCGGGGAUAGCGGGCCCGAGCGGCACGCUCUUCCUUCGGAAGCGGUUAUUCCCCUCUUUCCGCCGGCGGCGUCGCGGCGUCGGCGCACACGCAGGGGCGGGUCACAGUGGAGCGACGCCGGGCUGGGCGGGAAGGGAGUCGCGGUGGCGGCGGCGGCGGCGGCUGCGGCGGGGGCAGCGUCGGCAGCGUCGGCAGCAACGGCAGCAGAAGCGGCGGCGGGGGGCAGGGAGAGCGGCGGUGCUAUCUGGCCGUCGGAGAAAUGGGAGACCCAGGGCCGGAGAUAAUAGAAUCUGCCCCCCCAGCCGGGCCUGAGCCGUCUGAGUCAACAACGGAUGAAAACGAAGAUGACAUUCAGUUUGUUAGUGAAGGACCAUUGAGACCUGUUCUGGAAUACAUUGAUCUGGUCAGCAGUGAUGAAGAAGAGCCUAGCACUUCUCAGAGUGAUCAUAAUGUUCAGCGUAAAGACUAUAUCGACCAUCAGAAGGACAAAGUUGCUCUGACUUUGGCUCGUCUAGCCCACCAUGUCGAAGUGGAGAAACAGCAGAAAGAAGAGAAGAACAGAGCAUUCAGGGAAAAAAUCGAUUUUCAGCAUGCUCAUGGGUUACAAGAAUUGGAAUUUAUUCAAGGACAUUCUGAUACAGAAGCAGCAAGACUGUGUGUGGACCAGUGGCUAAAAAUGCCAGGAGUCAAAACAGGUACGAUUAAUUCUGGAACAAAAAGUUCAUUCCGAAGAAGAGGCCAAGCGUGGAUGUCUGGGAAACCAAUCUCAUGUCCCAUAAUGCACUGUAACAAGGAAUUUGAUAAUGGACACCUUCUCUUAGGACAUUUGAAAAGAUUUGAUCACUCUCCAUGUGAUCCAGCAAUUACACUACAUGGACCUUCCAUGAAUUCCUUUGCUUGUGUAGUAUGUUACAAACAUUUUGUUACUCAACAACAGUAUAGGGAUCACCUUUUUGCUAAGGAAGCUUCAGAUGAUGGACAUAAAAACAACCUUCUUCCUCAGAUUAUUCAGUGUUUUGCGUGUCCGAAUUGCUUCCUUCUUUUUAGCAGCAAGGAUGAGUGUUUGAAGCAUAUGUCUGGAAGGAAUCAUUUCCAUCAGAGUUUUAAACUGGGUGAUGACAAUGGAAUAGCACAUCCAGUAUCAUUUCCAUCUUUUGCAAAGAAAGUUUUGAUCUCUUUGUGCAAAGACGUUCCAUUUCAAGUUAAGUGUGUGGCCUGUCACCAGACACUGCGUUCCCACAUGGAGCUCACGGCCCAUUUCAGAGUUCGUUGUCGAAAUGCUGGUCCUGUAGCUGUAGCUGAGAAGAGCAUUGCCCAAGUUGCAGAGAAAUUCAUAUUAAGAGGUUAUUGUCCAAAUUGCAACCAAAUCUUUGUGGAUGAAACCAGUACCCGAAAUCACAAGCAGAAUUCAGGACACAAAGUCCGAGUCAUUAACUCAAUAGAAGAAUCAGUUUUACUUUAUUGCCACAGCAGUGAAGGGAAAAAACCUCCUGACUUGCAUCUACUGCUAGAUCAAUCAAAAUUUUCAUCACUUAAAAGAACUAUGUCUAUUCAGAAAUCUAGCUCACAGGAUUACGGCAUCAUUCCAAAAAAAAGGAUGAAUUUAGAAGAUAAAAAAGAUUGGGUUUGUGUCCAGACAGAGAAGCCAGUUGUUAAAACCUGGUUUUGUGAGUGCCAUCAGCGAUUUCCAAGUGAAGAUGCAGUAGAAAAGCAUGUUUUCUCAGCAAACACAAUGUGUUAUAAAUGUGUGGUCUGUGGAAAGGUGUGUGAAGAUUCAGGGGUCAUCCGUUUACAUAUGAGCCGUAUUCAUGGAGGGGCACAUUUAAAUAACUUUCUUUUCUGGUGUCGGACAUGCAAAAAGGAGUUAUCAAGAAGGGAGACUAUCAUGGCACAUGUGACUGAAUUUCAUAACGGACACAGAUAUUUUUAUGAGACGGAUGAGAUAGAAGGUGAAAUCUUGCCAUCAUCUUCUACAGUGUUGGUGAGUAAUCUGACUGCUAAGAAUCCCUCUUCAACUAUUACUGUUGUUGAUCCUUCCCCAGCAAAUAGUCCUCCAAGGGGUAAAUGGCAGUGCCGAAUUUGUGAAGAUAUGUUUGAUUCCCAAGAAUGUGUAAAACAGCACUGCAUGUCUUUAGCAAGUCACCAGUUUCAUAGAUACAGCUGUGCCCAUUGCAGAAAGACUUUUCACAAGGUGGAAACACUGUACCGACAUUGCCAAGAUGAGCAUGAUAACGAGGUAAAGAUUAAGUACUUCUGUGGGCUUUGUGAUCUUAUUUUUAAUGUGGAAGAAGCCUUUUUGAAUCAUUACAAGGAACAUCACAGCAUAGAUUAUGUGUUUGUGUCAGAAAAAACUGAAAAAUCAAUUAAAACUGAGAGUGACUUUCCAAUAAUAGAAACCAGUAACCUGUUAACCUGUGGUUGCCGUGAGAGUUAUACCUGUAAAUUCAACAGAAAGCAAGAUUAUGGUAGAUGUCUCCAGGUCAUGCUGGAUAAAGGUAAACUGUGGUUUCGCUGCAGUUUGUGUUCCGCCACAACACAGAAUAUAGCUGACAUGAACACGCACGUCCAUCAAGUACACAGAGAAGAAAAGAGUGAGGAGAAAGAGGAGCAACUGUAUGUGAUCAAGUGUGGGACCUGCACCAACGCAUUCCAUGAUCUCAAGAGUGCUCAGCAGCACUUCCAUAGAAAUCAUUGCUUCUUACAGAAACCCAGUGUGGCACCUUUUGGAUCUGAAGAAACGAGCCUGUACAAGUUUGCUGCCAGUGUCUCACGCACAGAGAGAAAAUUGAAACAGGCAGUAAAUUCUCCAAAAAAUUCAGACUUGGAGAAGGGAGCCGAGAAUGACCUAAGCUGUCUGAAUAUGGAUGAUGAAGUUGUUGAGCUUCCAGAUUUGGAAUACCUACGAACCAUGACUCAUAUAGUCUUCGUAGACUUUGAUAACUGGUCAAGCUUUUUUGGUCAUCUACCAGGGCAUCUUAACCAAGGAACGUUUAUUUGGGGCUUUCAAGGAGGAAACACCAAUUGGAAGCCUCCACUCAACUGUAAGAUCUAUAAUUAUCUGAAUAGGAUUGGAUGCUUCUUCCUUCACCCUCGCUGUAGUAACAGAAAAGAUGCUGCUGAUUUUGCCAUAUGUAUGCAUGCUGGCCGUCUAGAUGAACAACUACCCAAGCAAAUUCCUUUCACCAUCCUCUCAGGAGAUCAAGGUUUUCUGGAGCUAGAGAAUCAAUUUAAGAAGACUCAGAGGCCAGCACAUAUACUAAACCCUCACCACUUAGAGGGAGAUAUGAUGUGUGCCUUGUUAAAUAGCAUAUCUGAUUCCACCAAAGAAUGUGACAGUGAUGAUAACAUGGACAUAAAAAGUCCUUUAAUAAAAGGAGAAGAAUUCAGUUCCACAGAAGAUGUGGAAUUAGAAGAAGCUAUUAGAAGAAGUCUUGAGGAAAUGUAAUUAAAGAUACUACCACACGACAUCAAGUGGCCUUGAAGAUACUUGGGAUAAAUUCUUGAAAUUUGUUUUCUAAAGAUCAGAUCUCUACUAGGACAAAUGCAUUUGAAAAGAUGCUUUUUUUGCUUUUACAUAUUUGCCUUGUAUUUUUGUGCUUUUUUGCAAAAGUGUACAGAGGAAUCGAAUACGUUAAUGCAAAUAUAAAUCGUGUAUUUCUAGUAUAGAUAUUACAGUUUGCCAGUUAACUUUGAACUUACAUGUUUAGUUAUAAGAAUUAAAAAAUAGAAAAGCUUUUGACUUGUUUAUGUGUUUCACAGGUAGCAUUAUUUCCUUAAUUUUAUUUGUACUGUUUAGAUCAUUCUAGUUUAUUUUUUUAGUAGUGAAAAUGAAUAUAAAUAAAGUUGUCAUAAUUCAGUUUUUCUCUUAAAUUCUACUUCUCCUGUGGCACUAAUAUAUACUACCUUUGAGAUCUCUGUGAUUUUCAGAAGAAGAGUAAUGGAAACUGAUCAUGGAAACAGAUUAAAAAUUUUGCCAGCAGUGUUCUUUGUGGGUUUCACUCAGCUAUAUAUUCCUGUUUUAAUUAGAGCAGCACAGUGCUGGAAUAAGAACAAAUACAUACUAAUUUCAUUAUUAAAAGGAAACCUUGUCUGUUGCUUUUACUUGCUUAGAUUUUUAUGUGAUGUGCAUUAUCUACUGUUUAAAGGGAAUGAUUCAAAAUAUUUGCAUAGAAUUAAACUUAUUUUUAAUAAUAGUCCUUUUAUAUAUAUGUUUUUGUAAACAUAAUAUUCUUCAAAAAAUAAUGUUGAAGAUCUACUCAGGAAUAAUUUCCUUAGUCCUUUAAAUUUUUUAUUUCAUAUGGAAGUAUCUUCAUUUUAGUAAUUCAUUAUUAGUUUCUUAUAUUUGGUGGCACAUAUUUAAUUUUUAAAUGUUGAGGCUUCAUUGUGAAUAAAAAUCAUUAAAUAAUUAGAAGGCUAAGAGGCGCUUUCCUAUCUUUGUGUAUAUGCUUCAUGUUUUUUGAACAGAAAUGUCAUCCCUAAAAAUUUUGAAUAGUCAUUACUUACACCAAACUUAAAAUUUUCCAGAAAUAUAAAUUUUUCUAUAAGAUUGGAAAAAAGUUAUGGCUAAAAUUUUGUUCUUUUUCUGCAACUAGAUAUUUUAGUGUAAAAUAACAUUACUUUUUAAAAUUACUAUUGUCUUUCCAAUCCACAUUGAAAUCUAAUUUGUUUUUAUUUUUUAAGAGGCCAGUUUUGUCCCACCUGCUUGCAUUUUUUUCUUGUAGGCAUUGUAGCUUGAGAGUUCACCAGUCUAGUUGUUCAAAGUGGGCACACUGUAUUUUUAAUUUGUAUGUGAAGUGGUUGAGCAAGGCUUUGGGAGGUGACCAUUGUUGACCCGACCUUAAAGACACAUGCAGGAACUUGCUCAGUAGUGUGGAGCAGAAAGGCCAUUCCAGAAAGAAAAGUGGUCAGGCAGAUGUAGGGAGAAGGAGACAUCUCCUUGCCAGAGGUGCCACACACGCAUGGGAUGUGCACCGAUGUUCUAUUAAUAAGCUUUUGUGAUGUGUGUGGUAAAGAGUAACUGAAGCUUUUCAUAUGACACAAAAGGGGUAUUUCAACAUGAUCCUUAAAAGGUAAUUGAAUUGUUUAAUGUUCUAAUUAAUGUCACUAUUUCUACUUGUUAAACAAUUAAAAUCAUUUUUAAAUUA